UGGUAGACUGGUCAUGACGUAAAUUUCGUGGCACCAACAUCUCUACUGCUAUACCACGUGACUAUUGGCAAAACAAUGGUGGUAUCCUGUUGUGCUUAUGGUUGUUCCGAGCGUUUUGUGAAGGGAAGUAACAUUAAAUUUCACGUGUUUCCAAAGGAUGAAGGGCGCAGGCAGAUGUGGAUACAGGCAGUGAAACGAAAAGAUUUCAAGCCUACUGCGCACACACGCAUCUGUUCGAAGCACUUUGAAGAAAAUUGUUUCGACAAAGAAAAGACUGGUGGGAAUUGGCUUCACAGUGACGCCGUGCCAACAAAAUUCGAUUUCCCCGAGCAUCUUCAAGCAAAGAGACCCAAGCUUCGUAAACCUCCGACUAAGAGAGAUUCAUUAGACGAAAUUUCAUGUGCAGGAACUUCCCAUAAUUCUCCCGCUAUACAAGCUUCUGAAGUAAAAGCUGGGACAAGCAAAUGUUUUAGAUAUAUAGGAGAUUUUAAGGAAGAUGAUUUGGCUGUUCCUGGCAUAGCUAGUAAAAUGGCAAGUGUUGCAAAAAAGCAGCUGAAGAAGAAAGCCAGAAAAUUAAGUAAUUUGCAGCGAUCAGCCCACAGGAUGAGGAAGAAAAUUUUAAAUAUGGAAUCAUUAAUAAUUGACCUUCAAAAGAAUAAUCUUAUAAGUGAAUCCAUGGGUAAUUUGCUGAAGAUGCUGCCACCAGGUACAUCAGAGUUGUUAAAGCAUGUCAGCAGAGGUCAAACAAGAGAAAAGUACCCAGCAGCUCUUCGGACCUUUGCUUUAACUCUUAAUUUCUACAGCAGCAAGGCUUACAGUUACGUAAGGAGAAAUUUCAAUACAUCUCUGCCACAUCCACGGACACUGAGAAGGUGGUACAGUGUGAUUGAUGGAAAUCCAUGUUUUAGCAAAGAAGCAGCAGUUGCUCUCAGAAUAAAGAGUGAAGAGCUUAUGAACAAGGGCAAGAAAUUGCUGUGUGCUAUGUCAUUUGACGAAAUUGCCAUAAGAAAACACAUUGAAUUUCGUCAAAAUAAAUUUGUUGGAUAUGUAGAUUAUGGGACAGAGCUUGAUGAUGAUAACCUUCCUGUUGCAAAUGAGGCACUAACUUUUAUGGAUUUAUAG